GUCUCGUGACGCAACAGGAAGCCAUUUUACAGUCUCAACGAUAUAGACCAGAGAGCUCCCUGAGGUACGUCCCCCAGCUUCUCAGAAUUUAAUCCAACAUUGGGAGUAAUGAGCCGCCAAGAUUCCCAAAUUCCUACUGACCACGGAGCUGAAACUUCUGGCGAUCAUGGAGCCCAAACUGCUAAAACUCCUGCUGCUGACGCUCACGGUGAUGACGCCGUUGCCGCCAUUGGCACCCAGGCUGCUGCCCAAGCCUCUAUGGAAAACUUACCCCAAGAGAAAGAAGAGAUGAGUAGAAGCCAGGAUGAACCUCCUCACGAACUUGAGAACCAGUUUAUACUGCGUCUGCCUAUGGAAUAUGCUUCCACUGUCAGAAAGAUGAUGCAUUCUGGAAGUUCCUCCAUGAAGAAUAAACUAAAAAUUGACUUAUUUUCUGACAAACGUCGUGCGGUUGUUGAGGUAGGCAAUGUCUCACUAGCUGCUAAGCUGGUUGAUUUGCCUUGUGUUAUCGGAAGCCUAAAAACUCUGGAUAGAGAAACUUUUUAUAAAACGGCAGAUGUUUCCCAGAUGCUUGUGUGCACUGCUGAUGCUGAUGUUCACUCUUCUCAUGAAGAACCAGUAACCUCUACUGAUCCUAAAGCAAUCAGGAAAACUGAAAAGCAGAGACAGAAGAAAUAUACCUGGAAGCAUGGCAUUACUCCACCACUUAGGAAUGUCAGAAGGAGAAGGUUCCGCAAAACAAUAAAAAAGCUUCCUGAUUUCAAAAAAAUUGAAGAAAUGGACGUUUCUGAGCACUUUGGAUCUCCUGAUGUGGAAAAGGAAGUGAAAAGACUGCUGUGUGCAGAUGCCGAAGCUGUCAAUGCCCGGUGGGAGGUCAUUGCUGACGAUGGAAAGGAAAUAGAAUGUCAAGGCUCCACUCGUAGCUAUGCGAUAGCCUCAGGAAUGAAUGACUGCAAGCAGGGUCAUACCUUACCAGAAUGUUAUGUGCUUCAGGAGAUGUGCAAUGAUUCUAUCAAUAACACUGAGGAUAAUAAUGAUGAGGAGGAAGAUUGUGAUGAUAAAGAAGAGGAGGAAGAUUAUGAUGAUGAGGAUAUAGAAAAGAAGCUACAGGUCAGGUUCACUGAAUAUGGCCACUAUGAGGCAAAGGAGGAAACCAGCUCAAUGGUCAUGGAAAUUCAGAAGCACACUCAAUACACGGAGAAAAAGCUCAAUGAGAUUCAGCACAGGGCACAAAGACAGAAGGAGCUCAUCAGGAAAGUGGAAAACCUGACACUCAAGAAUAAUUUACAGUCUGUGCUGGAGCAGCUUAAGUUACAGGAAGAAGAAAAAACUGAGCAGCUCAUUUAUCUACAGGAAAAACUGAACUACUUCCUGAAGAAGUGAGGAGAGUCUUCAACCUGGCACCCAGGCCUUCAGUUCACCAUCCAGACUGAAGUCUAGAUAAACUGUGCCUGUUUCUUUUCCUUUCAUUGCCUUAUGCCAAAUCAUUUGUAUUUGCUUCUCUGAACCUUUUUUUUUUUUUUGCUAGUUCUGUAGGACCUGAGGACCCAGCUCAACUAUGAGACUUGGCUUCUUUUUAUAAAGUUUUAAGAUUUACUUAAAUGCUUCUCUACUAUGGUGCCAUCAGAUAAUUUGGCCAUGCUUGCCAAAGGGAGACAGUCUUUUAUAACCUGAAGGCUAUAUAGCCAGUCUGCAUAGAUUUUAGCUUUUUCUUCUGCUUGUUUCAAAUAUUUACUGAAACAGAACAAAGUCAAACCAUUUCUGCCAAGUGCUAGAACCCGCCACAGUGAAUUUAAGUGCCUACCUGGCAGCAGUUGAUACUAAGUUGUGAGGUGUCUUUGUUCAGCCAUUAGCAGCUGCUUUCCUGCUCAGGGGAUAUUUCUUGCUGCCGCCAUCUUCUUUCCACUGUUAAUAUUUUUAGAAUUGUGCCUGGUGGUUAUUUGGCAGCUAUGGGAAUAGUUAGAGCAGAGGUGAAAUUCUGAGCUGUUAUCCUUAUGCUGAGCCUCGUCAUCCUAACCCCCAGCAGAAAAGGUUAGGAAAAAACAGAUACCUGUGAGUGUUACCUGGUAGCCUACUGGUUAGGAUUCCAGGCUUUUCACUGGUGUGGCCAGGGUUCAGUCCCUCGUCUGGGAACUCCUGCAAGAUGCAUGGCCCAAACCAAAAACAAAUGCCUGUGAAAACAUCCUCAAAAACCCUGGGCCAGUUCAUUUUUUUCUAGCUGUGUUAAGAUUUUCUAGCCUGUGUUUUUAAGCAAUAAAAUUCUUUAAGUGGA